AUGAAGUAUGUUUUUGUUUCUGGAGGAGUUAUUUCUAGGGUUGGGAAGGGGACAGUAAGCAGCAGUGUAGGAGCAAUGCUGAGAGCAAGGGGGUAUGAUGUAACACAUAUGAAGAUUGAUUUUUAUAUGAACUGCAAAUUGGAUAUGAAGGAGAUGUGUGAGCAUGGAGAGGUGCGUGUAUUUGAGGAUGCACAUGAAUGUGACAUGGACUUUGGGAUAUUUAUGAGAUUAGGAGCAAUAGGACUGAUGCGGGAGAGUGGAGUGGAGUGCGAUGGAAUGGCAGAUGAUCUGGUAAGGAGAGGAGAUCCACGGAUGGGAAAGGCGCCAUAUGCCAAUCCCGGUGUGAUUGAUGGAGCAGUCAGGCGGAUAGUUAAGGCUGGGGAGAAAGAGAUGGAUGACUUAUCUGGAGGAAAGAAAACUGGGGAGAUUGUGGUGGUUGAGUUUGGGGGAUUGAUUGCAGAGCGCGAGUCGAGUUUGUAUCUGGAGAUAUUUUCAAAGCUACAGACGAGUGUUGGAAAGGAAAACUGUAUGCUCGUGGGCGUUGAGUGCAUAACGGAGCUUGAUGUUGAGCAGCAUAAAUUAGAAAAGAUUGCGAUGGGAACUAGAAGGCUGGAAGAGCAUGGAUUGAGAUAUAAUGUAUUGGUUUGCAGGGUAGGCAAAGAGCUGGAUGGAGGCUUUGUAAAGAAGAUUGAGGAGCAGUGCCUGAUUGCAGAUGGAUGCGUAUACAGCCUGCCUGAUAUGGACAGCAUGUAUCUUGUGCCAGGAUAUUUGGAGAAGCGGGGAUGUGGAGAGAAGAUUGCACAUAUACUUCGGAUUGAGAAUAGAGUAGUAAGGAUCGAAAUGAUGAGUGCUAUUGAAAGGAUCGGAAGAGCUCAGGGAAGUACGGUUAGAAUCGGAUUGAUUGGAAGGGCAACGAACGUGUUUGAUAGCUGUGCUUCGGUUAUUCAUGCUCUUAAUUUUUCCGCAGGAAUGCUUGGGGUGAGGGCUGAAGUGGUGUGGAUUGAUGCAGAGGGGAUUGAAAAGGGCGUUGGAUAUGAAGAUGUUGAUGGAUGUGAUGGACUUGUUAUACCUGGCGGAUUUGGGCCAAGAGGAGUGGAAGGAAAUAUUAAGGUGAUUGAGUAUGCACGAAUCAAUGGGAUCCCAUUGCUUGGAAUAUGCAUGGGAUACCAACUUGCCGUGAUUGAGAUGUCCAGAAACAUCCUUGGGAUCAAGAAUGCAAGUUCUGAGGAGUUGGUUGGAGAAGAAGGCGAUUUAGUAAUAAGACUCAUCGAAGAUGAAAAUGGAAAAAGAAACGGGAUGCUGAGGGUUGGAGGACAUGAGAUAGUGAUAAUGGAUGGAAGAAUAAAACAGAUGUAUAAAAGAAGCAAUGUGAAGGAACGGCAUAUUCAUCGAUAUGAAGUCUGCAAAGAAGUGGCAGGACGACUUGAGCAGAAAGGAAUUAGGUUCGUUGGCAAGAGUUUGAAUGGCAUGAACAUGAAAGCUUUUGAAAUGGACGGCCAUCCAUUUUUUGUUGGUGUACAAUACCAUCCGGAGCUAAAUGCAAAGCCUGACGUUCCUCAUCCAUUGUUUACGGGGUUUAUUUCCGCAUGUUAUGAAAUGCAGAAAGGUAGAUGA